AUGACCACACCUUCUCUGUGGUCAGAGCACUUCACCGGUCGUCUCCACGGUAACCGCCGCUGCUGCUGCUGCUAUUAUGGGAUGAGCCCUUGUCCCGCGGGCUUUGAUGGCGGGCCUUUUGCUCACCACCUCUACUUUCACCUCUCCUUCUCCACUUAUUUUUCCCCACUCUCCUCUUCUCUCCCCUCUCCUUUCCCAUCUCCCCCGUUUUCCUCUUACUCCCCCGCCCCCCUCGCCUAUCUCCCUCUCUCCUCUUUCUCCCCUCGCACCUCCUCCAGCUUUUCUCCCUCUCCCUCUCCCCUCUCCUCCCCUCUACUCCCCUCUCUCCUCCCCCCCUUUUCUCCCCUCUCCCCUCUGGCUCGUAAGAAAGCAGCCACACUCGGUAUUGAUCAGCGGCUGCGCUAA